AUGCCUCAACCACAAUUUACCGUUUCUCCUGCGCUCCGCGAUAUCAUCAGCAAACCUUCUCCUGCAAACAUCGACCAAUUCGACCCCUGGAACUCUUCUUCAACAGGCCACCAGCGAGCUGAGAAUCCAUAUACUGGCACUUCCUGGCGAGAAACGAGGAAUCAAAAGCUCGCCGCACAGCUUAAAGGGACGGCAGGCGAUACAGGCGAUACUAGGCUAGAUCAUGAGGGCGAAUGGAAGUGGGUAACGCCGGAAGAGAGAGAGAAAGAGAUACGGAAGAACGAGAAGACAGGGGAUAUUAGGUCUUUUUUUGGGGUAAAGAAAAGAAUUCAGAGAGAGUCCGCGGAUGAGAAGAAAAUCGGGCAAAACUUGAUGGACAGUGUUGUGCAUGACGUGCCCUCCUUCGACCGGGCCUUUUCUUCAGAGCCACUAACUGAGCCUUCACGACCCUUCCCAGAAGCUAUGCCUUAUUUGCCACAGCCAGCACAAUCGUCGCUGAGGAAUAAAGGUAUAUUUAGCAAUUUGACCAUCUACAUCAAUGGGUCUACCUUCCCCCUAAUAUCGGACCACAAGGUUAAACAGAUUCUCGUCAAUAAUGGCGCGAGCAUCUCUAUAUCUCUUGCAAGACGCACUGUCACACAUGUCAUCCUCGGUCGUCCAAAUGCAUUGAAAACCAGAGAUCUGGCUAAAGUAGGGGCUGGAGGUGGUCUCUCUGCAGGGAAACUACAACGAGAGAUUCAGCGUAUAAGUGGGAAAGGCGUUAAGUUUGUUGGUGUUGAGUGGGUCCUGGAAAGCAUCAAAGCAGGUCGCCGUUUGCCCGAAGCGCGGUUUGCUAAUUUGCAUACAGCAUCUGUUAAGCAGAGAAGCGUGAUGGCUGAUUUUGCUGUUUGA